AUGAAUGAGGAAGAACAAAAGCGCCUGAGUUCAGUUUUUCACGCCUACAACGUGGAUAACUCAGGGCGGAUAGAAAAAAAUGAGUUCACCACUAUCUGUCAGGAGCUCCAUGUCCCAUCACAAGAAGCAGACGUCAUAUUCAACCGCCUGAACGUGGACAAAGACGGCACAGUCACCUUAGAGGAGUUCAUCAGUGGCUUCAAAGAACAACAUCAGGAGGAUGAAGAUGAUGACACACAAGCAGAUGACAACAAGUCCUCAGGAGGUCUGGAAAUCGGGAAUUACUUUUUGCAGGUGUCCCGAGAAUAA